CUUAUGCCCUUAUUCAAAUUUCUCUCAGUCCCCUGUUGUUCGGAGGCGAAAAAUGGCGCGCAAAGCAAAACUGGAACUUAGACAUUUCCAUUAAGAUAAAACCUUGCAUUUGGUUUGAUUGCUUGAAAAAUUGUAAUUAAGAAUGUCUGGAAAAUUAUGGCAACAGCCUUAUGUGAACAUUUUCAAACAUUUCCAAGUGUCAGAAUGGAAAAAGUGUUCCAAAGAAGGAGAUGUUUCAACUAUUAUGGACAAAACACUUAAAGGGACUGUAUACAGAAUCUCUGGCUCUGUUCCUGCUGGCAACUAUAUUCAGUUCCCAAAGACAACUUCACAGUCUCUUGGCCUAACUGGUCACUAUGUUUAUUUUCUUUUCAAACCAAUUGUAACAAAAUAUUUUGUGGUGCAUCUGGAUGUCGCAACUGAAGAUGGAAUUAUUGUGAGGAUUUCAUUUUCAAAUCUAUUUAAAGAAUUCAAGUCAACAUCAACUUGGCUACAGUUUCCAUUUAUUUCAACUCCACCACCAGGCUCAGUUGAGGAGGCAACAACUCAUAAAUUGCCUCUUUCUUCAAAAGUUGGUACUGCACCAGUUACAUCAAGAUGGACUCUUUUCUGCAUGGAUCUUCACUAUGUGUUGUCAGUGUACUUAAACCGGAAAUAUGCAUACCUUAAAUCACUUCGUUUAUGUGCCAAUAUGAUGGUUAAAAAUGUCUUCACUAGUGACACCAACUACCAGCCAGGAAUUUCCAUGAAAGUUGCAAGAAAGACAGGUCUCUUAGAAACAGGCUUCAUACCUCUGCCUAGAGAGAUGAGUUUUCCUUCCGAAAAUUUUGAAGACUGGAAAAAGAGAUAUGACUAUGUAAAAUUUCCUGCAGAAGAUGGGAGCAAAUCAUUUCGUGACGUCAUCCCUGGAAAAGCGAGAAGUCCAAUGCAAGCAAGAAAAAGUACACUUGGUACCAUCAGCCCUGGACCAAUCGACAAUAUUUCACAGCAGAUAAGCAGAGAUGCUGGUCGCAGAUAUUCCGCCAAGAACUACUCAAAACAGGCGGUGAAAUCAAGAGUUGCACUUGUCGACCGAUUGGUGGCUGAGAAGGUAUCAAUGAAGCCUGUUACUGGCACUUUGCCUGAACUUGGCAUCAAAACUUUUGAGGACGAGAUUGCUGAUCAAAACGCUGUCCAUAUCUUCGCUGGUCAAAACGAACGACUUCACAGCCAUGAACACGAAAGAAAUAUCGAAAAAGGAAAAUCAAGGAACAGAGCAAAAGAGGAAGGAACAGAAAGAAUUUCGGACCAUAUUGGAUACCCGUCCCAGUCAUCUUUACAAAGCUUGCAGCCAGAUCCAAUACUAGCUUUGGAUAAGAUGAUUGGGGUUGCAGGCGGCACAAUGAAAAAUGUACUAUGGACAAAGGAUUCGAGUCAUGUGGUAUACCCUUGCCAUGCAGUGAUUGUUUCUAUGGAUGCAAAAUCAAGAAAACAGAGUUUUUUUCUUGGGCAUAACAAAGAGAUUUCUUCGCUGGCAUUCAAUAGCAACUGCACGCUGCUUGCCUCUGCUCAAGUCGGAGAGGAUGCAGUAAUCCGAAUUUGGAAGUUCAAAGCCAAAAAAUGCCUGGCUGUUUUCCAAUCACACCUGAACGACCCGUAUUGCCUAAGUUUAUCACAAAGUGGAAGCAAAUUAUGCGUGGCUGGUUCUGAUAAUCAUGGAAAACAGGUUUUAUCUGUGUGGGACGCCUCUUUCAUCUCAAGUGGUCACAAGGUGACUCUCUUCGCAAAGGCGCAUGUUGAUAUUGAUAUUCGCUCAAUGAAAAUUUGUCCCUUUGAUGACUCAAGACUGGUGACUUGUGGCAUGGACAAUCUUCGAGUUUGGAAAGUCAAACGCGGGUCUUUGCGAUCCCAUCCCGUCGAUACUGGAAACCGACCCCUUCCAGGCUUUACUGAUUUCGACUUUGAGGUCAUCCAAAACCUGGUGCAGGAUCCUUCAAACAGAAAACUAUUCGCUUGCACGUCAUCAGGAUCUCUGUUCAUAAUCAACUUCAAGAACUUAUCGAUUCUGGCUGUACAUCGACUAUCAAUGACUAAUGGAAGCAGUCACAAAGAGCAGCCUCGUGACAGUACCGAGGCAGCUUUAACGUGCAUUUCCGUCAAUGAAGCAUUCUGUGCCAUUGGCUGUAACGAUGGAUUUGUUCGUCUCUGGCCGUUAGAGUUUGAUCAGCCAUUUAUGGAAGCAGAACACGAAGGUCCAGUGUCAGCUGUAGGAGUCUCGCCAAAUGGUAUCCUUGUGGCGGCGAUAACUGAAACGGGCAACAUUGGAGUUCUCGACAUCUCUACAAGAUCUUACAAGACGCUUAUACGCAGCCACUUACAAAAAGUCAAGUCAUUCUCCUUUGACAACAUUCGCAACCAUCUCGCAACUGUUUCAGAAGACAGCAGCAUAAAGAUAUGGGAUCGCCCUGACUUGAAUCAGCUGUACGACUUUCGUGCACCGGGAGAAAGCCCUUGUGUUGUGUCGUUCCACCCAUCCAAAGAGUUGCUACUGUGUGGAUUUGUGAGCGGCUGCAUUCGGGUAUUUGAUGUAGCAAGUACAAACCUAGUGGCAGAGCAUAGAUAUCACAAAGGAAUAAUAGUGGGUAUGGUGAUAACACCUGAUGGGAACCAUAUGCUUGCUGGCGAUGCCAAAGGCUCUUUAGCUCUUUACGAUGCAUCAACAGAUGAAUUCGGCUUGAUAAGACUUCUUCCUAAUGCGUUGGCUAAGCUUGAUGAAUACUCUGAACAAACCAUGGUCGCUGAUAACAAUGGGCGACGAUUGGCUUGCAUUGGACCCUCCGAGUUUGUCAUCACCGUAUUCGAUGCAAGGUCUCUCGACGAGCUCCUUCGCAUUGACAUAACAAGCAUGGCGAACAGUGCUAACCGUGCAAUCGUAGACUCAGCUAAUCUUCUCUGCUACGCCCCCUCAAGUAUCAACCAGCUCCUCGCUAUUUCCUCAUCGUCAAGAAUGCUCAAGUUGGAGGCUAAUACUGGUCAGCUUCUUAGCGAGGUCUCAAACAUUCACCGAGGAAGAGUCACCGGAAUCGCCAUUAGUCCGAAUGGUCAAUACUUGGUCACAGCUGGCGACAAAGUGAUCAAAAUCUGGGACUACCAUAUGAGAUUCGAUCUGAAUUUCCAGGUUUUCAUAGGACAUUCAGAGCCCAUAGCAGAUUUGAAAUUCACUGCAAAUGGCUCGAAGCUCUACAGCAUUGGCGAAUGCAUAUUUGUUUGGGACUUUCUCGGGAAGCGUUCCUCGAUGACUGAACAAAGAAGUGCGAGAAAAAGCCCGAAAAAGAUGCUUGAUUUUUCUCAGGAAAGGACAGCGAAAGCAAACUCUUUUGUGGAUGAUGUACGUGAAGAUCAUGCAACAGACACGACCCCCUUCAAAGAUAGUAUGAUACGCCCCCGCAAGGCGGCUCCACGGCCAACGGAGUAUGACCCUCUUGAUUUGAGUAUCAGCCCAAUUCCUCAAGAAAGACCCGAGAAGAAAAUGGACGAAUCCUUAGACAUUUCGAGCGAAGAAUCUUCCGAAAAAUCUUCUGUUGAUUUUGCUGUGAAUAGGCCUGCCACUCCAAAUGACAAGAAAAGAGAACAACCUGUUGUGAAUGAUUUGAGUCCAUUGCCAACUGCCACCUUGGAAACCGUCAUAUCCCAUCAUGCACCGCCCAAAGUCAUGGCUCAUUUCAAAGCAAGGGAAAAAAUCUCAAAGCUGGCAGAGAAGAGGUAUUCAGCGCCGCCAAACCAAGCUGGUCUGAAGCUCAAUUCAGUGGUAGGAUACGAUGGGCUUGGAAGAAGUAACAUGAUUUGGCACCCAGUAACAGGACUUUUUGCCUAUUCCUGUGGCUGUAUGGUCAUUGUGGAGGAUCUAACGUCAGGAAAACAGAAGCAUCUUCGGUACCAUGUGGAAGAUAUAUCAACUAUGGCUGUUCAAAAUGAUGGCCAAGUCAUCGCUUCCGCUUCUGCUGCAGGCCCUAGUUCCAAGAAAUCCCAAAUCUGUGUGUGGGAAGUCUCCACUGGACUUUGUCGCAAGUCAAUCAAUCAUCACAAAAACGCCGUUGUUGCAAUGCAGUAUUCUCGCGAUGACCGAUUUCUCUUGACUAUCGGUGAUUAUCGUGAAUGUUCCGUUGUUAUUUGGAGCACCAUGGAUUAUACCGUACUAGUUUCAACAUUUACCCGGUACCCGAUUCAUGCGGUCAGCUGGGAUCCCUUCACAAUGAACGAAUUUGCGACAGUUGGCCAAAAUGGCAGUGUUCUUUUCUGGUUACUGGAUGAAACCAAGCAGCAAGCCUUCCUAAACAUACACGAGGCAGAAGUUCCUGAGGAGAUUUUCAAUGAUUCACAGGAAACACUUUCAUAUGACGUCAUUGGCCUAUGCGGAGUAAACCAGCGUGUUGCGUCAUAUCUGCUUGGGACACCAGGCAUAACUCUUGCUUUAUGCAUUGGAAAAGUGACAACUCAGAGAUACUGUCCUUCGCUCUAUAUUCUAACUCGACUAGAUGUAACUGUCAAAGAAUCAAGAGAGUACUUUAAUAUCAGAAUAUCAACAGUGAAGAGUAGGAGGAUGGAGGCGAAAUCCCAACACGAAAUUGCAUUUCGCCUAUUGCAGUCAAUCAAUCAUCACAAAAACGCCGUUGUUGCAAUGCAGUAUUCUCGCGAUGACCGAUUUCUCUUGACUAUCGGUGAUUAUCGUGAAUGUUCCGUUGUUAUUUGGAGCACCAUGGAUUAUACCGUACUAGUUUCAACAUUUACCCGGUACCCGAUUCAUGCGGUCAGCUGGGAUCCCUUCACAAUGAACGAAUUUGCGACAGUUGGCCAAAAUGGCAGUGUUCUUUUCUGGUUACUGGAUGAAACCAAGCAGCAAGCCUUCCUAAACAUACACGAGGCAGAAGUUCCUGAGGAGAUUUUCAAUGAUUCACAGGAAAGCACUUUCGAUAUGACGUCAUUGGCCUAUGCUGGAGCCAGCGUGUUGUACGUUGGAGCAAGUAAUGGCGUCAUAUCUGCUUGGGACACCAGGCAUAACUCUUGCUUUAUGCAUUGGAAAAGUGACAACUCAGAGAUACUCCAAAUGAUCGCCGAGAAAGAUAAAUUAAUUACCGGGGGAGCUUCCAACAAUCUCUGUUUGUGGUCCGUUGCUGGAGUUGCGGGUUUACGGGAACAAGAAGACCCAAACAGCGAAAUUCUUGCCCGAAACACUCUUGUUAUGGAUGACGAGAUGCAGUUGGAUGGUUGUAUCAUCAGUGCCGUUUUUGAUGGCAAUUUAGACGUUGGCGUCGUUGGUACUAAUGGUGGCACACUAUGGUACAUAAGUUGGGAAGAAAGAACAAGUAUUCGACUUGUCUCUGGUCACACGGAUCAGGUGAAUGGGCUCAUUUUUGGUGGGCAUGAUGAUGAUUACAUGGUGUCUUGUGCUUCUGAUGGCAGCCUUAGACUCUGGAACACUGAUUCUUACGAGCAAACUUUGCAAUUUUUAGUCCUUAAUCAACACUGCAAUGCUGUUGCUUUCAGGCCAGUCCCACAACCAACUCCUUUGCACACACUCACUCAAGACGGACGACAUGAGACCACGAUCCGCCCCAAGUUGGCUACAAAAUCACGACCAUCACAAUGUGUGGCUGGCUACAGCGAUGGUACAGUCAGAAUGUUUGAUCUCGGCCUUGCUGAAAUGGUUCUGAAACUGCAACCACAUCCGGUGAAAGUCAAUGCCAUCUCUUUCUCUCAAGACGGUCGUGUGAUAAUAAGUGGCGCUGAGGAUGGAUCGCUGGCGGUAAGCAGCCCUGCGACCGGAAUGACCGUCCGGAUGCUUAAAGACCACAGAGGAGCCCCGAUCACCGAUAUUCAUGUCUCGGCCCAUAAAGACCACUCGUAUUCGUUGUCAUCCCCGGCGCUCUGGCUUGCUGCAAGUGCAGAUCGAAGGGUCAGCAUCUGGACUGCUGAUUGGUCAAAAGAUUUCUGUGAGCUUGUUGAUUGGCUCUCAUUUCCUGCGCCGAACUUUGCACCAGAUGGGACAUUUGUCAAGAAGACUGACAAGGAUUAUUACAGUCACUUUCCUCCAAGUCUUGCACGGUUUUCGCCGAGUGAUGCAGACAUAGUCAUAUACACAGGUUACGGCAUGAAGAAACAACUCGCUUAUUACAGCUUAUCCCAGAAGAAGGUCAUUCGGGCUGUUUCAUUGACGGAAUGGGCAUUCACCAUGGACAUAUCACCAACUGAAAAUUUGAUUGCCGUUGGUUCUAAAGAUCGACUCUUGAAGAUCAUCGAUUACAAGGAAGGAACAUUCCAAGACUUUGUUGGACAUUCUGACUCAGUUAAAGUCGUAAGAUUCUCACCCACUGCUAGGUUUUUAUUUUCUGUUGGUUUUACUGACGUAUUCGUCUGGGAAGUAAAUGCCUAAUUCCCCGUUUUGUUUUAUUAAACUUCAACAAUUGAGCAAUAGUAGAUUUGAUAUUUGUCAAGCUGUGUAAAUUUUAGUAGAUGAAGCCUUUUAGAACUCUUGUUUCUUUUCUUAGGGUUCUUGCGAGUUUUGAAAAUUAUCUGUAAAAAAGCCCUCCGGAGAAAGAUUCUGGUUGAAGUGUUGCAUUUUCUAUUGUGAUCAUCAGGUGUUUUACACAACAUUACCUGCAACAAUAUUUUCACAAAAUUUGAUCUUUCACUUUCAAGCAAUUAUUAUAAUUCUGCUCACACUAUUUUGGGUAAAGCAAUUUUUUCUUGUGGAUAAAUGAUGUUAGCAAAUCCCUUUAUUCUAUUUAUUUAUUUAUUUACAUUUAUAUUUUGUUUUGAUUAUAUUUGCAAACAUAACAACGCAGGCAUAACACUAUAACUCACCUUAAAGACCUCAACCAUUCUGUACGAUAUUUUUAACAUUUCCCAAAUAGGCCCUGUUCUUUUCAUGCUAGAUUUUGAGAACUGCUCCAAAAAAGUAUCCCAGAAAAAAACCUUCCUAGAAAUAUCUCCCCGUUAUUAAGGAAAAAUGGAAAAGAAUACAGAAAUUUAAUCCCUUGCAAGUCUGGUGAUCAGAAUGAGUAAUUUCUUGAUGUUUAGCGGUUCAGUCAAGUCCCUUUUGCAAAUUCACUCCACCAUGAGAUGGGGACGCUGGUAUUAUGCUCAUGGACCCCACCAUUAAAUCAGAAUUCCCCUGGCUAUGGCUAUUUUUUGUCCCCAGUAUCUAUCAUCCAUACAGCACGGCUUAGUACGGCACGGCUUAGUACAUCUGUGUCAAGGAAGGAUGCAGGGGGCAGUAUAAGGACCGCGGAAGCGGGGAGCUGAGGGGGCUAUAGCCCCCCCCCAAUAAUUUCCAAAAUGUACUUAAAACCAUACAAAUAGUCACCCUGUUCUUGAUUUUUAGCAUGUUUAGCCCCCCAAGCGUUUUAGUACCCCAAAACGUUUUAGCCUUCUCAAUCCCUAAUAUGCUCCGCGGUUGUUGGAGAGUAUAUCCAUGCUUCGAAAAAUGACUUUUUGUACAAUGCAUAUAACUCGGCUAAGGUUUGUAAAGAACAAGAAAUUGAGCGAUUUAGACUUCUCCUUUCUUGGAGACAGUUCUAGGGGACCUGUUCCAUUUUCACACACUUUUUGUAGAUUAAUCGUUUUAUGAACAGCCCUGUUCCCUGGCUUUAUUCGCCCCACACAUUCCCCAAACCCUCACGUCUGCACCUUCGUCCUGCAUUCCUUAUGCGACUAUUCACAGUUGUGAAAAGAAGCUCAUUCAGCAAAGUGCAACAGGUACCAGCACAGUAAUUGGUUCGUCCAUUGACUUGAUUGCAAAAACGUCUAUUGACUUUAAACGUCCUUGAAUCCCCAAUCUUCAUCAAAGUGUCAAAUUUCCAUCAUUUCGAUCGAUCGCUAUUAAUGUUGUUGUGCACGCAAGCUAGGUGGUUUUAUAUUGUGCUUACGCUGGCGUGCACGCAAAGAUAUUCUGUAUUCAGUUCAGUAACCAGUUCGGAUGCUUUUUUACCCCUAUCUCUGUACUUUAACGCCCAUUUCCCGUUAAGUAUACAGUAUUUGUUUUGUAUACAGCUGAUUCAUCUUCACGACAUUUUUCGUACGAAUAUUUGUUCGAAUAAAUGUCAGUGGGUUUGUUUUUUAAGUUUCACAGACAAGGCUGCUUCGUUGCGCCGUUACCCUCUGUAGAAUGUCAAAUGAUAAUCGCAACAAAACCGCUGCGCUGGAGGUGACGUACAAUCGCGUAUAAUCCUAAUUUUGAUUUCAAGGAAAGUCUUCCCCUGUUUUAAUUUACAAUUAGCAUCGAUAAAUUACCCCGUAUCACAUAAUUCGGGCCUAAGUUGCCAGCUAGCUCUACCCCGGAUAAGAAAUAUUGGAGUGGUUCGACAAGGCCAAAAUUUCGCAAACAUGGCCUUUUAUUACCACUCACCCCAUCUUCUUAGCAGACCGACUUUGAUGGCCGCGUACGCCUACGGCAUCCCUGCGUACAAUGAUUUUGGAACCGAGGCUUCCUUUUGAUUAGCUUUAUCGCGGCAGAUGUUUUUCAAAUGAGAUUUCUUUAACUACCUGUCGAGGAUUUCAAAUGACAGAUCGUUGGUUGGCAUCUAAUCGAAACAACUGGAUCCAUACGUUGCUCCUUCUCAUUUUGACAGAAAGGCUGUUACUUUGGAAGUAUCUUUUUAAAGCUCCCCUUUCAAGGCAGUUUGACACUGGAAGAGCGUUCCUUGUAUUAGCAGUUGAUUGAAUCAGACGGUCAAGAACUGAAGAUGUCGAAAGUGGCCAAAGAUCCAAUUAAG